GAUAGCGUGUGAACACUCAAAACUCAGGACAGGCAACCAGCGUUUUUGGAGGGUUAGUCUUUUUGGUUUGAAACUCCCUGUUCUGUUAGGAUUAGGGUUUACAACUUUUUGGUUAGGAUUUUGUCUAAGGCGGCUAGGGUUUUUCAUUGACCUUUCUAUAUAAUUUUAUGUUGCCUUCCUUCUUUUCCUUUGUCAUCAAGUCUCCCUCUAGAUCUAUAGAACUUACCAAAGUUCUUUCAAUUUUCCCACUUCCUUUCUUCAAUUCCCACACUUCAGCUUUAAAAAUUAUCAAAUUUUCUCUUUAAACUCGUUUUUUGGAUCCAAAUUCUCGUCUGGUAUUUUUAUUCUUUGCUGAGCAUUGAACAUUCAUCAUCUCCAUUCUCAAGUUAUUCAAUUUGGAUUUUCUUUUGUUACUGGUUUAAUCAGAUAGCAUUGAUCCAAUACACUUUGGCAGUUGAAAACUCGUUUAGAUUAAUUGAAAGUUAAAGUUUUGGGAUAGAGUUGGAUUCGAUUUUAAACCUUUACUUGUUAUAACUUAGUUAUCCUGAAUCUUUCUCUUCCUUUAUGAGACCGCCGCCAUCAAAUUGUGCUGGCAGUGAUGCCAUUGGUAUUUGGCCUGAAUUUUCCAUGAAUGAUGGUCAAUUUGACCCGCAUUCAGAGUUUGAACAACAACAACAACAACAACCUCCCUUCAAAAGACCUAGACAUUCCGAGGACAGCCAAUCAAAUGUUGUGCAAUGCACGCCUACAAAUUCCAGGGCGCCUAUGCCCUUAAAUCCUUCAGUAAAUAGGGGAACGAGUAAUAUUUUCUUUAAAACUCGUAUGUGUGCGAAAUUUAGAUUGGGCACUUGUAGGAAUGGUGAAGGUUGCAACUUUGCUCAUGGCAUUGAGGAUCUGCGUCAGCCUCCUCCUAAUUGGCAAGAACUUAUUGGUGGACGAGAGGAAGAACGCCCAUCAGGGAAUUGGGAUGAUGAUCAGAAGAUAAUCCAUCGGAUGAAGCUAUGUAAGAAGUUUUAUAAUGGAGAGCAAUGUCCAUAUGGGGACAGAUGUAAUUUUCUUCAUGAAGAUCCAUCAAAGUUCAGGGAUGAUAUGGGGAGGUUAAGGGAGAGCUCAGCUAUAGGCAUAGGCACAACAGCUCUACCUGCAGGGCAUGGAACUGCAUCUGAUCAAUCAGAAGGUAAUAGGCCAGUAAACAGCACUGGUUCAGAUGCUUCUCGAGGAAAUAUGAAGCCUGUGUAUCCUGUGUAUUGGAAAACAAAAUUAUGUACAAAAUGGGAGACAACGGGUCAAUGCCCCUUUGGUGACAAAUGUCAUUUUGCUCAUGGGCAAGCAGAGUUGCACGGGAUAGGUGGACUUGUUGAUGGGGACUUUGGGAAUACAGGUUUUGGUUUGACAAGAAUUGGUUCGAUUUCAACAAAAAUUCCUGCUAAUGAUCCAUCUGCAGUGACAGCAAGUGUCCCUUUAAAUGAAGAAGCCCAGGCUAAGAAAUGUUUGUUCAAAUGGAAAGGACCGAGGAAAAUCAAUAGGAUUUAUGGGGAUUGGAUUGAUGAUAUGCCAUUGUUACAUAAUUUUCCCAGUCAGGUGGAGAGCUGAGUUCAAAUUCAAUUUUAAAUAUCGGAGCUGAAGAUUAAGGAUUAUUCUUUUGAGUUCUGUUCUGGCCUCCAUUGAGUCAUUUAAAGAGCAUGCAACAUUUAGUUAGAAAAUCAUUUUCCUUUUCAAAUUAUUGUAUCUCAGCUAUCAGCUCUGGUUGUUUUGCCUGGUCAAAUAGGGUUUCCCAAAUUGCUUCUCUUCCUUUGUUAUCGGGGUUGAAAAAUCCAAUAAUUGUCUUCAGAUAAUGUGAGUAUCAAAAUUAAAGCAAGAGUUUGAGUGAGA